GUAUCCAGCUCGGAGUUGUGUGUUCAAUUGUGUCAUAUUUAUGGUCAUUGGUCACACUUUCCGUUUUGAGUUGUAAUAGUGAAUAUAGGCAUUUGCCCUUUUAAACCAUGGGAUUGGAGAGGGUGUAGUUUUAAACAACCAAACAGACCCUAAUAUAAAAGGGGAGGGAGGGGAGAGAGAGAAAGUGGUUGAUUUGUGGUGAAGAGUAUGAUUGGUGGUGGUGAUCGAUGAUAGCUGGCAAGGCUCAGUCAGCAAACGCUUCAACCGCAUUCAUUCACGGUUCCAAGGUCAUCUCUCUUUCUCCCCCCUUCUCUCGCCCAACCAACGCGUUUCGGAUUCCGAUUCUCUCUUCUCUAUUCUCUCUCGCCACAUUUCUCUUGCUCCUUCUCUUUCCUUCUUUCUCUCUUUCUGUCUGAAAUCGGCGUUGCUUCUUCUGAAUCAGGAGUUUUCAGUUUCUGUCUUAGGGUUUGGUACAAGGCAAUGGAGCUUUCCUGAUUUCUUCUUUACCAGAUGCACAUCUGAGGAGGAAGAAGAAGUAGUAGAGAGGCGUUGCGAUUAGGUCAUCGUCGGACAGAGAUCUGCUGCCUCGCCGGUGGAGAUGAGCGCCUCUAGGUUUAUAAAGUGCGUUACGGUCGGUGAUGGUGCUGUCGGCAAAACCUGCAUGCUGAUUUCCUACACCAGCAACACUUUCCCUACGGAUUAUGUGCCAACUGUUUUUGACAAUUUCAGUGCAAAUGUGGUUGUUGAUGGGAGCACUGUCAAUUUAGGGUUGUGGGAUACUGCUGGCCAGGAGGAUUACAAUAGAUUAAGACCCUUGAGCUAUCGAGGGGCUGACGUUUUUAUUCUUGCAUUCUCUCUCAUUAGCAAGGCCAGCUAUGAAAAUGUUGCCAAAAAGUGGAUUCCUGAACUGAGGCAUUAUGCACCUGGUGUUCCAAUAAUUCUUGUUGGAACCAAGCUUGAUCUUCGGGAUGAUAAGCAAUUCUUUGUAGACCACCCUGGUGCAGUGCCUAUUACUACAGCUCAGGGAGAAGAACUGAAGAAAGUGAUUGGUGCGCCUGCCUAUAUUGAAUGUAGCUCAAAAACACAGCAGAACGUGAAGGCUGUUUUUGAUGCAGCUAUCAAGGUGGUGCUCCAGCCACCUAAGCAGAAGAAGAAGAAGAAGAAGGCACAAAAGACCUGCUCUAUAUUGUGAUGAAGGAAAGAUUAGGUUUAAUCAAAAAGAGAGAAGAUGACCUGCCAGCCCUCUGACUGCAGUCUCUCAGUCACUGUUAUCUCCUUUUCUCCUGAGGAAGCGGCAAGCCUUGGUGUAUAGUCUCGACUGACAUACUAGGGAUUUCUAUGAAAGCGUCAGAUGGUUUGUUUCUUGCUUUUUUACUCGUUUUCAGGAUCUGUAACUGGAUGACUGGCAUUCCUUGGUAAUAUGACACUUCUUUUGCUUUUGUGUUUAAAUUUGUCUCAUAUGUUUUAAUCAGAUAUGAGGGAGAUCCCUACUAUUAUAAAAACAACUGUUUUCUUGCA